GAAGGGGUAAACAGAUGAUCAGUUGUUUAUUUUUCGUUUACUGUGGUUUAACCGUUUAACCUCACUUAACUAGAUAGAUCGAGAAAUAUUAAAUUACUAUUACUAUUAUUCAGGUUGAAAAAUGCCUUCCUGUAAGGUAAAAGGUUGCGAAGUCGAUUGGGGAAAAAUAAUGUGAAAAUGAAUUCUUUCCCAAAAGAAUCUGAACGACGGAAAGUGUGGAUUAAAAAUAUAGGGUUAAAACAAGAUCCAAACAAAUAUGCUGUUGUUUGUGAAGUAAGUUCUUCAAGUAAAAUUAAUUGAGUAUUUGCAUUUGAUGCAUUCUCUUUAUAAUAUUUAUAUCAUUAAAAAAUAUUGUAUUCAAUUUUUGAAUGUUUAGGAACACUACUUCUGACAUGUGGAAAAAAGUUAGACAAGAUGGCAGCAGAAAAUUAAAAUGCAAUGCUGUACAACAAUAUUUAGAGAAGAAAGCGAAAGUAUUUAAUUAUUUAUAUUGGUUUUUUGUUUAUUCACCAAUUUAACACCUAUAGAUAUUUGUAUAACAAGAGAGCGAAGUGCACCUUUUCCUCCCAAGAAUAAAGUUUACUAGUUUACUACAGUAAUCAUUCAAGGGAGGAAAAGGCACUUCUCCCAUGUUAUACAUUUUUCCACCUCCCUCAAAUAAGUCAUUUUUUCAUUUUUAAAAUAUUUAUAUAACUGUUGAUUGAAUACAUGAAUCAUAAUUGAAUACAGGAAUUUGUGUAUUCAAUCAACAAUAGAAUUAACAAAAUUUAUUAGAGAACUAAAACUAACAAGUAGGUACAGUAUAACUAUCAAAUUAUUAAUGAAAAAUUUUUAAAUCAAAAUAACAAUUUACUGUUUUUACCAUUUUGCAACAUCUAUAAAUAAAAUUUAAAAUGUAUGGAUACUUACCUAAUAGAAAAUAGAGUAAUAGUAUAGGGUGUCAAUAAGUUAUUUCAUCUAUGCUAUGACAUAGUAUGACGUCAACAUCACUUUUACUUUUACUCCCUAGGGAUUAAAAGUACUUUGUUUCCCUAGGGAGAAAAAAAUAUGACUAUGCUCCCUACAAUAAGGCCAGGAAAUGUAUACUUUGGAUAGAGGUAGGUGGGAAAAUCUGUUUUAUUCAGUUAUUGUGAUUUGUUUCUUACAGACAAUCGGUUUGUUCUAGCACGAGUUUCAAACGGUCUGAAACCAUUAGCGAAUAGUGGACCAGCGCGAGUAGAGGGGAUAGCACUCGUAACUGUAUUAUGUUCUCUCACUGACCAACUGUUUGCUGACUAGUUCGACUGUUUGCUAGAACAAACCUAUUAUUCAAACAAAAUGUCCUCUACGUCAGACUGAUCAGAAUUUUAAAAAUGAGUCAUAUCAAUCAAAUCAAAAAAUUUCAAAAAUUGUUCCUGUAACCAUUUUUAGUGGAAAUAAUAACAGUACUUAUAUUGGAUCAGAGAGCCACCCAAUUCAUUGUUAAAGUAUGAUAAACUAAAAGUUAAACAAUUAGGCAUGCACUUCAUAUUAUAUUUAAUGAAAUAUAACCCACUGGUACUCGUACAAACUUGACGGCAAGCAAAUUCAACAAAUUUUUCCUCAUUUAUUAGUUUUUCACUACCGUUAAGUUUGGAAACAAGCGCUGUUGCCAAAUAAAAACAUAUACAGUCAGAAAAAUGAAAGAAUACCCAUGAACGAUCACAUCAAUCACAUAUUUUGUAUUUGCUGUUUUUUUUUUCAUAAAUAAUAAAUGAGAGAGAUAGAUUAUUAAUAAUCUGAAUAAUAUGUGAUUGAUGUGAUCGUUCAUGGGUAUUCUUUCAUUUUUUCGACAGUAUGUAUUUACCACAGCAACUACAGGUGACACUGUUUCUCUUUGUCUUUAAGAGUGUGAAACAAAGAUAACUACAGUGGGAAAAAUAAAGAAUACCCAUGAACGAUCACAUCGAUCACUUAUUUUGUGUUUCCUAUCUUUUUCUAUAACAAACAUUUAUUAUUUAUAGAAAAAGACAACAAACAUAAAUUAAGUGAUUGAUGUGAUCGUUCAUGGGUAUAGGGCUUUUCAUCGAUUGUCAUUUGUUUCGAGCUUCUGUCAUGUGUCACAUAAUAUUAAUAUAUCUACGUCAUACGUCUUUGGUUUGUAUCAUGGGUAUAUACCAAUAACGUAUGACGUAGAUAUAUUAAUAUUAUGUGACACAUGACAGAAGCUCGAAACAAAUGACUGUGAAUGAAAAGCCCUAUUCUUUCAUUUUUCCAACUGUAUCUGUAAUAUACGCUGAGCUCGUAGGUAGAGGGGAUAAUUAAAAAAUCGCGAGAGCCAGUAGUGACAAGUCUGUAAACCUUUACUGGAAAUUUGACAUAAAUGUCAAAGUGAAUAAUUUAAAAUUGAAAUUAAAAACAUUAAUUAGAAAAAAUAUUAGUUGGUCAAAGCUGUGGUAUAUAUUUUUAUCUUAAGUAUACUUACGGUUUAAAUACUGAAUUAAGUUUUUUUAAUAUUUUGUAAUACCUAUCUAAUUAUAAUUAGAUAUAAAUCAUCUAAGCGCCAUCUACACGAUAAUUGUGAAUGUAUCUGAAGUAAGAAAUUAAUAUUUCAUUAAGAGAACGUUAAAACAGUUAGCAAAAUUUUUAAAAAAUCGAUUACAAUUUAAUUACUUUUUUGCAUUGUAAAUAUUAAGCGAUAACAAUUAAAUCAUAAAUUUAAAAAUUACUGGUGAAAGUUGAAUUAGUAAUCCGCUAGGAGCGACACCAGCGAAGCUCAGAGCGUAUAAGUGGGUGCAUUUGGACGACCAUAGUGGCUGACUGUCAGCAGAAAUCGGCUGAGUGGUUGUAUCCAGCUGUGACAGGGAAAGCUUAGUAAAUCUCUCAGCGGCUGACUUCCAACGGUGACGUCUGACAGCUACUGCUGGCUCAGCUGUCCAGCCGCUGUGGUCAUCCGAACGCACCCAGUGUCAGUCAUGUUUUCCUGUAGUAUAAAAGGCUUAGAUAGAAGGUUAUGUAAGAUUUUUGUUUGUUUAUUUUUUCUUCUUCUUCUGUGGCCUUUGGAAGCUGUGCCCAUUUAGCCAGCAACAUUUCUUAAAAUUAAUGCCUAACUAAACCUACCAUACAAGAAAACCAUUAUGAACCUAAACGACCAAUCAAGGAUACGGAAGGGAAAGUAAAGUUAUUUAAAAAAUAAACUGUUGUUAAAAUAUAAACUAAAUAAAUAAAAUAUAAAUUGAAAACAAUAAUUUGACAUUAUAAAUGUAACCUCCAAUAUUAUGACAGACGUCAGUUACCAUGACAUCAUAUAUUAUACUCAUCGCUAAUUCUAGCCAAUGAAAUGCUUGCUGUAAUAGGAAUGGCAUAUCAAAAAAAUCUGACUAUUCUCUAUAUAUUUUUUCAAAUUUAGAAUAUGGCAACAAGGGGAAAGUUAUGUGCAUUCCUCAUUGUUUGACUUUUCCUAUAUCUUUAGUAUCAGGUCAUCGUACAAUACAAAUACUUCUUGCAAUGAUUGGAAGUAAUGCAGAACAAGAAUUGAAUUUGGAAUCGCCGAGAAAAAGGAUUGGUGUACAAAAUAAGAAAGUAUAUAAAGGACAACAAACAUCUUCCAUAAGCGAUCAAAAUUGUAUAACUGAAAUUCAGGAAAUAGAUUCUGCUCCACCUUUAGGUUUCCAUACUUCUAAAGGAAAAACGGACCCUUAUAGGCUCGCUAUAUACUUAUACUAUGGCCAAAAAGCGGUAGUGAGAAUAGAAGAUAUAACAUCAGAAGAAAUAGAAAUGAAAAAAAAGGUGUUCGACAAGGGUGUAUACUUUCACCAAUAUUAUUUAAUAUAUAGGUACUCGGAAGACAUAUUAAGUAAGACAAUGGAUGAAAUAAACAUAGGCAUUAGAAUUAAUGGCAUGAUCAUAAAUAACCUGAGAUACGCUGAUGAUACAGUUCUUUUAGCCGAAUCACAUGAAAACCUACAGAUACUGCUUACUUAAUAAAGUGACCGCAGUAAGUGGAGAAUAUGGACUAUCGCUUAACAUAAGCUUUAUUCCAGCAAUGUUCCAUUAAUUUUAUCUGUCUCUUCCACAUUAACCAAGAAGAGGUGUUGAAAUUUCCGAUACAUUUCCAGUGGAUACAUUACCAGCUAUUCGUGAUGAAUAAUGAGUAAUACAGACUUAAAAAUUCAUACAGACCUAGCAGUCAUUACUUAGCUUUUGAUUAAAAUUGACAAAUCUAAACGCACAAGUGGUCUAUUACUUUUCUGUCCAAAAAAACGUUUAUAUGUUUUUUGUCAUUUUGAAUUAAACACCUAUAAGUUCAUUUAUGCUUUAUGUUUCUAGCUUGUUUCUAUUUUUGAAGUUAUUAGGUGCGAUUGGGAAAAAUGUUGUGAGUUUUUUAUAAAACUAACAGUAUGCACUAUUGUGCACACAGACAGUAUAAAGUUAGUUGCUAAAUCUUUCAAGUUACGUAUCGGUGGAAAUAAAGUGUGAACAAAAUA